AUGCGACGCAAGUCGUAUUCAAAACUAUCUUUUGUACAGCUAUUUGGAAUAUAUCCGUGUAGAAGCUCUGUGCCAAAUGUGAGCGACGUUCAUCUACGAUGUAACGUGAGGCGAGCGACACACUACCGUGGGCGCAGACGAGUGAUCACAUGUUGCUUUGAGGAAACGUCACCGGAUAAGGAAAAAGGUGAGCUUGUGGCGGCUGAUAUGCAGACUGCGCCAGGCUGCGACUCAUUCUCCGACCCGUUCGACUCGCUUGCACCUCGCCAUUUUAUAAACUUGACCAAUGGGAUUGAGGCGCUACCGCACAUCUCUGCCAUCGUCUCGCCUGACGAACUGCGCUUCACUCGGAUCCAGUCAUCGCAUUGCGAGAGUAGUGCCUACAAUAAGCUUCUUGCUUCACUGGAUACUGAAUUACUCUUCUCUUUGGCGUGUGGACGAGCUUGUUAUGUGUACGAUUUCGCAAGUCGCAAUAAAUGUCGGGGCGUCCCACGGGCAUUGUUCCUGGGGUUGCAGUUUGUGAAGUGGAGUCUGUCGUACCUGUGGUUCAAGGGUGAGGAGGACAUGAUCCCAGAAAAGGUUUUCGUGAGAGGAAACAACACGGUUCCUUUUUGGAGAGACCAGGUGAUGCCACACAUGAUUGAAAAGGACACGAAGAAGAGAAUUAGAUACUUUGCUCCAUUCGCGAAGGAGAGGGGGCUGCUACACGUGAGACUACACGGUGUGUAUGGACGGGUGAGCGCGAUUGAUGGACACAAAAGCGUGCACGUGAAGAUCGUUCACGACUGGCUGGCACAGGAAGACGUUUCUCGUAAGGGACAUGGGGAAGAAGAACGCGACUUGACUGAGUGCUUCCGUGCCCAAGGUUUGGCGGAAUUUCAGGCGGAUCUGACAAAAGAGGAAUUAGUCACUAUCCAAGAAUGGAUGGAGGGCUUCCGGAGUCAGUCGUAG